GGGAGAUCUACUUCGUGGUGGACACCCACACUGGCGACGAGCUGGCGGUGAAGCUGGAGGCCGUCAAUAGCAAGUACCCCAUGCUGUUGUUCGAGGCCAAGGUCACGAAGCACAUGCAGGGAGCCCCAGGAUUUGCAAAAGUGCAGUAUUUCGGUGUGGAGGGCGACUACAACGUUAUGGUGAUGGAUCUGCUGGGCCCGUCCCUUGAAGACCUCUUCAACCUGUGUCAACGACGCUUCAGCCUGAAAACAGUGGCGAUGAUCGCAGACCAGAUGCUGUACAGGAUCGAGCACCUCCACUCGAAGAGCUUCAUACACCGCGAUAUUAAGCCAGACAAUUUCCUCAUGGGGACCGGGAAGAAGGAUACCGUCCUGCACCUCAUAGACCUUGGCCUUGCGAAGAAGUAUCGAGACCCGAAAACGCUGCAGCACAUACCCUUCGCGGAGGGGAAAAGUCUCACGGGUACAGCUCGCUAUGCGUCCCUCAAUGCCCACAUUGGUGUCGAGCAGAGCCGCAGAGACGACCUUGAAGCCAUAGGAUACGUCCUGAUGUAUUUCAACCGUGGUAACCUUCCGUGGCAGGGCGUGCACGGUGCCACAAAGCAGGAGAAGUCCGCCAAGAUCUUGGAUGUCAAAAUGCGAACCCCGGUUGCUACCAUCUGCGAAGGGUUCCCACUUGUUUUCUCCGUGUACCUCAACUACUGCAAGGCCCUCCGCUUCGACGACCGGCCCGACUACGCCUACCUCCGCGGCCUCUUCAAAGACUUCUGCCAGCAGGAGGGCUUCGCCAACGACGGAGUCUACGACUGGACGCAGCCCCCCAGCGGCAGCAGCACCACGGCCGCCAGCCGCCAGCGGCACUGCGGCGAGGCCUUGGGGCCCGGCGGGCGCGAGGGGGGCGCGGACGGCGCGGCCAAGGAGGCGGCGGCACACCCGAGCCCCGGCCGGGUAGGCCCGGGUGCUUCCCGCCUCGAGCCGGCGCACGUCGCGGAGAAGUCGGCGGCGACCGCUGGCGCGGCCACCCCGAGGAGCAGCAGCCUGGCGCCGGGGAGCCCGCGCGGCGUGGGGGACUAUGGCGGGGAGGAGGCGGCCAGGCCAGGCAGCGGCGCGGGGAAGCGGCCAGGUGGCCUCUUCUCGUUCUUCGGGUGCUGCUCCAGCGCGGCGUGCAGGGAUUGA